CCCCCACCCCCGGCCCCCCUGGCCCGGGCAGCCCCCCAGUCCCGCGCGGCCCCGACCCCUCUCCUCCCUCCCUCCCUCCCUCCCCCCACGGGACUCAGGCGUCCCCGCCCCCCCAGCCCUCCCUCCCCUCCCCUCCAGCAUGGUGCCCGCGGCCCCAGUGCUCUUCUGCCUCCUGCUCCUCGCCCUGGAGCUGCGGCCCCGGGGGGAGGCGGCCGAGGGCCCGGCAGCCGGCGGGGAGCGCGGGACCCAGGCGUCCGAGGAGCCGGAGGGCUGCCCCGUGUGCGUGUGGCGCCAGCACAGCAAGGAGCUGAGGCUGGAGAGCAUCAAGUCGCAGAUCCUGAGCAAACUGCGGCUCAAGGAAGCGCCCAACAUCAGCCGCGAGGUGGUGAAGCAGCUCCUGCCCAAGGCGCCCCCCCUGCAGGAGAUACUGGACCUACACGACUUCCAAGGCGACGCGCUGCAGCCCGAGGACUUCCUGGAGGAGGACGAAUACCACGCCACCACCGAGACCGUCAUCAGCAUGGCCCAGGAAACGGACCCUGCGGUGCAGACAGAUGGCAGCCCCCAUUGUUGCCACUUCCACUUCAGCCCCAAAGUAAUGUUCACAAAGGUGCUGAAGGCCCAGCUGUGGGUGUACUUGAGGCCGGUCCCCCGCCCUGCCACCGUCUACCUGCAAAUCCUGCGCCUGAAGCCCCUGGGAGGGGAAGGAACUACAGGAGGUGGGGGGGGCAGCGGCGGCGGGGGCCGGCGCCACAUCCGCAUCCGAUCCCUCAAGAUCGAGCUGCACUCCCGAUCGGGCCACUGGCAGAGCAUCGACUUCAAGCAGGUGCUGCACAGCUGGUUCCGGCAGCCGCAGAGUAACUGGGGCAUCGAGAUCAACGCUUUCGAUCCCAGCGGCACCGACCUGGCUGUUACCUCCCUGGGGCCAGGGGCGGAAGGGCUGCACCCAUUUAUGGAACUUCACGUGCUGGAGAACACCAAACGCUCCAGGAGGAAUCUGGGCCUCGACUGUGACGAGCACUCAAGCGAGUCCCGGUGCUGCCGAUACCCGCUCACCGUGGACUUUGAGGCCUUCGGCUGGGACUGGAUCAUCGCGCCCAAACGCUACAAGGCCAACUACUGCUCUGGCCAGUGCGAGUACAUGUUCAUGCAGAAGUACCCGCACACCCACCUGGUGCAGCAGGCCAACCCCCGAGGCUCAGCCGGGCCCUGUUGUACUCCCACCAAGAUGUCCCCCAUCAACAUGCUCUAUUUUAACGAUAAGCAGCAGAUUAUCUACGGCAAGAUCCCCGGCAUGGUGGUGGAUCGCUGUGGCUGCUCUUAAGGUGGGGGAUGAGAGGGACCCUCUCCCCCACAAGCCCCCCUGGAUCCCCAGCCCGCGCCCCUUCCCCAACUCAGGCCCUGGAGCUCCCCCCUCGACCCCUCUUAAAGGAAAUUCCCCGUCCCACCCCAAGCAGCGUGCAAUACAGCCGAGGAAGGUAGGGGAUAGAGACCCAGAGGGGCGAGGGAUCUGCGGGGGAAGGAGGAGGGCGACGGGCAAGUUGGGGGCGUGUUUGGGAUUUGCAGGUGAGGGUGUGCGGAAAAGAGAUAGAGGGAGAGAGUGAAGUAGAGACAGACUAGAGACAGGCAGGAGGACAAGGAUAGGAGAGCGGGAGCAGGACAGAGGGAGGAAAGAGGCAGAGGAGACUAGACAGAGGAAGUCAAGUGAGAAUCAUGGGGACGGAGAGGGGCAGAGGGAGCCUCACACCAAGUCUUUGUUUCUUUGGCCUGGUGAAGGGUUGGGGGUGACACGGGGCAUUCUGUGUGCCAUGGCCCAUGGAGGAGGGUGGGCCCAGAUUUCCCUCCUUCUCCGUGGACAAGCUAAGGGAGUAGGAAUUGGGGACAGCAAAGAGUGGGAAGGAUUUUGACAUUUUAUUUAUUUAUUUAUUGUGAUUUUUCAUUUCUGGUGUUUGGCUUUACAUGAAGGAGAUUCCGCCUCCCCCUGCCCCCCUUCCACUGUGCCCUAUUUUACUCCUUAAACUAGGGAGCCCAGCUAGAAGCACCCCAAUACCCACCCACUCAAGCACUUGUAUAAAACAUCCAGGGUAUUGGGAAUUAGGGGCAGAGGGAGUCUGAAUAUGUUCCCCUGCAAAUCUCACUUUCCAAGUUUAACCAUACGUAGAGCCGGUGGUUCUAGGCAGUCAGGCCCAGAAAGGAGAAUGAGGGGGUGACCGGUCAUGCAGGAGAGGGAGGAGAGACACGAGCAGAGCCUCAGCAGAUCCACAUUCAGGUCUGAGCGAUGCAAGUGACUCCAAGAUGCACCCUCUCUCAGUUCAUCGAUGAUGGAGCGGAGCAGGGCGCACCAAUGCCCCCUAGCUAAGAGAGACCAAAGAGCCAGGGGUGUCCCUCUUUCCCUUGCCAUUUUCAGGACAGUGAAAGGGCCGUAGCCUGAAACUAGGGACCCCCGAGUCUGUCUUGAGGGAAAGAAAGCAGGAGCUAGUACUCGGGAGGGUAGUGGCAAUUCUCACCCAAGGCUUUGAAAUAAAAAAUGACUGCUCUGGGCUCGAGACUGGAGAGUAGCAGACCCAGGGAAGGAGGAAUCCUUUGGAAAGAGAAGUAUUCUGAGACCCACAAGCUCAGGGCAAGCAAGGAAGGGGAAACAAGAGAGUAGUGUCUGUUAUUUGAAUCAUGAUUUUUAUCUUUUUUUGGAGGCCAGCGCUAGCUGGCAGCAAGGGAGCGGGCACAUCCGAAAGCAAUCGUGUGUGGUGGGGGAUGGAGGAUGACAACAGAUGGCAGGCUAGUUAAAGCAGAGGAGGGAGAUGGGUUCCAAGGGCAAGUCAUUCUCCUGUCCCUUUCCCCAAUCCCCCACUCUGCACUCCCCUCCAGGCCCCCCUUCUUUCCCCUUCCCUCCCCCCCCAUGCCUCAGUUCCCUCCUCUUGGUGGAACAGAAGCAGCAAGCAGCUGAAGCAAAGAUGAAUCCUGAGCACUUACCACGGGCACUUUACGGACAUGAAAUACCUCUCGAUAUUUGGGGGAGUGGGGGGCAGGCCAGGGCAGAUGCUGGAGGGAUGAGAUUGAGGGCCACAGGGAGUUUUGAGGUCUGGUGGGUAAGGAAGUUAUGGAUGGUGAGGAAGAGACGGGCCCUCAACAAGGUGGGAGAAUUCUCCAGGAUUUGGGUUCGUCCAGUAUUGCCUCUACUGGUCCAUUUUUCAUCUAGGAUUCCUGGGGCUCUUUGGUCUUGUCGAAGAGUUGAGAGGUGUUAAGUGGCAGGCCCGAGCUCCCAUCAGUCACAGUUAUGACCAGGAGCCUUAGAGGAGAUAAGAUUGGGCCAGAGUCAAAGGCACCAGUAAGACUUCCUGUUGUUGGGGAGUUGACUCAAAGGCCCAAGUUCUAGCCUGCCUUGGGGAGGGGAUGAUGGAGGCCUCGGUCUUUUCCCCCAUUCUUCAGAGGGGUGGGUCAAUGUCUCUUCACCCUACCUCCCAAUCUUGGCAGGUUCCCCAGGCUCACCCCUCCAGCCCUGCUCUUUCAUUUCUUACCACUCCAAUCCCAAGAAGAACUAUCCCCAUACCACCACCAUCCACAUCCCUGGUGGGGAGGGGAGAACCAGAGAGGUCAAGAUCAGAAGAUGACUCCUCCAAAAUUAAACCCUUGAUCUCAGGCCCAGGGGCCAGGCAAAGGGCAGGGGCAUCAUUUGACCUCCCAACAUAGGUUCUAAGGGAAACUGGAGCCUUGAACUUGGGGGGAUACUUAGAAGACACCCCCAUUCCUACCAAAUAAAGACCUUGGGGGAAUCGAAGGCUCCUUCUCUUUUGGACACAAACCUAGAGUCUCAACCCCUGUUCCCCCAAAGAGGUUAUUAGAGACAGGGCUGAGACACAGAAGGAGUCGGGGAAUGCCACCCCGCUUCAAGUGUGGACCAAGCCAGUGCCCCCUUUGAACAUAUCAUUAUAAUUAUUUGCUUUUGUGUAUAUGUCACACUGUGUACGUGAACAACUUUGUUUCUGUAUCGGUCAUCUGAGAAGGCUGGGGCGAUAAGGGAGAAGGGAUGUCAGGGGGCAUAGGGAGGCCUUAAAAGAAUUAGAGGACUUCUUGACCAAACAGCCUCCCAAAGGAUGCACGGAAAUGAAGACAUGGGGCAGUUUCUGAGUGAAGUGACAUAGGACAGAGAUAGCCAUUGGCCCUUUUUGGGGUUUUUUUAAAUGUUCUUUGGCAUAUUGGGGUGGUCAUAUGACCCAAUCUAGCACUUGAACCUGAAAGAAAAAAUAAAGUCAAAGAGUUUAGCAUUGAGAA